GUCACGCAUCCGGGACCGUUAGCGGAAGGGAGGAGGGUUGGGGGGGCAGACGGCCACCUGCCUGCCCUGGUGUCAUGGCGGGAGCCCAGAGUACCAGGAGGCGUUGGCAAACUUAGCGGUGGAGACAGGCGGUUAUUGUUGCCAGGAAGAUAAUAUGCUGGAAAUGGAAUGAAGGAGCCUCUGAAACGGGCUACUUAAUGAAUUUCCUUUCUUAGUUUAAGAACCUCUGAUAGAUUUAGUAAUCUGGGUCUCUUUUUUUUUGAGGGGGAGGGAGUGUCUUUCUUCUUUUUAUGUUACUUUAAAACUAAGGCCAAUCACAAUCUUGGCCUUUUAGCUCCUUCGUUUGGAACAUUGUGAGCUUCUCUUUCAGAGAGGGGAGAUGUGUACAGAGCAGAUAACAGAUACCAUUCAGUCCAGUUCAACAAACAGGGCACGAAGCCCCGGGGCCUGGGCCAGCCUCCACAGGCCUGGCAGCAGAUGAAUCCUCAGCAGUGUGGGAAGCACUGUCACAGCUCCAAAACAGGGCACUGCAGCCCCUCAGGCGGGGACAGUCAGGAAGGGCUUCCCAGAGGAAGUGACACGGAGCUGGACCUGGAGGGAUGACCAUGAGUUCCUCCCAUGGCAGAGAAGAGGAGGGGAGCUUGAUGCCGAAGGGGCUGCUUGUGCCAAGGGACCAAGAGGGACAGAGGGUCUCGCAGAUGGCCCCGCUCCCAGGGGCAGAGCGGGUCCAGAGGCCGCUGCAGCUCUACCGAUACCUGCUGCGCUGUUGCCGGCAGCUGCCAGCCAAGGGCAUCCAGGAGCAUUACAAACAUGCUGUCAGGCAGAGUUUCCGGGUUCAUUCAGAUGAAGACAAUCCUGAGAGAAUCCAGCAGAUUAUUAAAAGAGCCAUUGAAGAUGCAGACUGGAUCAUGAACAAAUAUAAGAAACAAAACUGAGAUGCUGGAGCCUAGAGAACCAAGCUCUCCUGAAGAUAUUGAAGUUGAGAGACCUCGCUUCUUCUGGAAGUCAGCAGCGGCAGCUGUUUUGGAAUAUCCAUCGGCCUUAUUGGCUGAGAGCAGGAAAUCGGGGGUAGGAGAAGCUGACGUCUGCUCAGCUCGCUCUUCUUGCCACGUGUGUGUCCCAGCAUCCUUUAUGUUUGCUUUUCUGGCCAUUGCCACGGGAGUUUGGGGGAGAAUAUAUUUUGUCACUUUGCUCCGAAGGUGCUGCAUGUAUUCUGGAUGUUGUCCUUUGAGACCCAGAGUGGGCAUCCCCUCGGGCUGUCCAGGGAGGACAGGGCAUGGGUUUUUGAACCGGUCAGGUCUGGAUUUGAAUCUCAGUUCUGCGGCUUUUCAAGGGUGUUGCUUUUGAGCUCAGCCUCCUCCUGUGUGAAGAUUAAGUAUAAGGAAGUUGAAGAGCUUCAGGUAGGACAUGGUAUGUGGUGGUGUGAGUAAAUGUUCCCCUGAGGAGCCCAUCCUCCACCGCUCCUUCCUCCCCGCCCGCAGUGCUCCACGUCUCUCUGGUACACUCCUCGUCGGGCCCGGGGGAUGUGUGGGCCUGCCCUGUCCUGCUUGUUGUCCCGGAACGCUCGUGGCCCCACCGUGCCCAGCAGUCCCCCAAGCAGCCGCUCCUCCCGGCACUGUCCUUCCGUGAAGUCCUGGUCCUCGCCUUCACGGAGUUUCUAGUGUCCCUGAAGUGGUGAAACGCACGCCGCGUGGAACAAGGAAGAAGGGCAGACCAGCUACAGCGGAUGCCGAAGUGUACAGGCCUCUGUGAACCUGCGAUCUGUCCUGCUGGCCCUUCCCCGCUUUGUCACUGUCUUGGAAGGAAGAAUGGAGGCAGGGCAGCAAGGAGGAAGGCGGGGAGCAAGCAUUCCUGUGGGGUAUGGUGAGCCUGAAACCCGUGGAGAGAGACUGGGUCACAUCCCAAUGCCAUAGAAGUCGCUCGUAGGGGAACUUACCUGGCCCAUGUCAGCCUUGGUUUCCCCAACUCCAGUGCAGUGAUGCCCCCACCUACCUGCCGGGCUGCAAUGAGGAGUACUGAGCUCUAACGCAUGCCAGGUGCUUCCUGCAGAAGCUGGCUCAGGGAGCCAGCUGCACUGCCGUGGCUGGUCACCACAGUUAGGGAGCCCUGCUUUGCAGACGGGGAGAUGGAAGCACAGACAGGUCGAACCCCUUUUCAAGGUCACCAAGCUGCUAAGCGAGGUCUGUGUGAAUCUACCAAACAGUACAGGGAAGGGAGAGCAGCAGAGGGAGGGAAAGCGUCCAGGAAGGACUUGGGGGGCUGGCCAGAGCAGGAGGGGCAGCCAGAAGAGGAGAAGCCACACUGGACUUGUGUAUCCCCAAGGACUCCCAGCCAGAGGGAUGAGCCAGCAGCUUCAUGACCCUGCAAUGAAUUACAGGACUUAAAGUGACUCCGGGACAUCUGUAUGGACUGAUCAGCAGGGAAUGAAGUAAAUACCGAUUUCUGAAA